CGGUUCGCACGUCGGCACGGUGGGAAGAAGAAGUACGCCAAGAAUACGAAGCGAAGAAAACAACGCGACAAUUGCCACGCAAAAGAAAUUGGUGCUAAGGAAACCACCACACCAAGCAACAAAAAAAAAGAAAGCAAUAGUUCCUACAUAGUAUAAGUGAAAUUCUGAAGAGGAUGCUUACUAAACAGCCCGACUAUACCAUAUCAGAGCUGGGUUAUCCGCAGCUGCAUCAACUAUGCGACGAUGGAUUCCACAAAAAGUGCCGCCCACAACAAGCGCCCAGUUGCAGUGACAGACCCCGUCACAGUCACAGUCACUGGCUCAGACACAGUCACAGUCACAAUUCCAGUCCGAGUCGACUGCUGCCGCUGCGCGAAACUUUGGAUGAUUACAACAGGCGGCUGCUGAGCGAGCAGAAUGCCAAAGUGGCAAAUUGUGUUGCAAGUCAGCGCAGAGAAUCGGUUGAUGUGCUGGCGCAGCAGAAGAGACGGAAGAAUCUACGGAACGAGCAGCAACAGCAGCGAGACAAACACAACAACAACAUCAGCAGAGACAACAAUCAAAAAUGUCGAGAUAAAGCACAAGGAACGACGACGAUGGUGACAUGCGACUUGAAUAGUUUCUAAUGAGGAGGAGGAGUAUACGGCUAGUAUACGGCUGAUCUACAAUACUAAUAAUAAUAAUAAUAAUACGGGACUGAUUAAACGUGCUAAAUUUACCAACAACAAUAAGAGAAUAAAUACAUUUUUGCAUAGA